AUGUCCUCGCCAAGUAUUGACUUUGAGCAACGGAAGCCCCUGCAAGGCUUUACCCCUUCUGUCUCUCAGCUAUCCACCACAUCUUCGUACAGCAAGGAGGCGCUUUUGGCUUCUGGGAGGUCUAGGGAAACAGCAAUUUACAUUCCCUCUGAUGACGAGUCUGGUGAUGAUGCUGAAAACGAUGCGAGCCAACUCGACAGUGCACAAACCUGUGCCACACGAGCCAGCACCCCGAGUUAUUUGGAUCUCACUACCACUGAACAUGACACAACUGACUUAGAUGAUGCUGUCAUUAGCGCGGACACUACAUUGGAAUUAUCCUCAACUCAAGCGGAAGUCGCCCUAGCUUGGCCGAAUGAACCAAGAGUGUCUCACCUGGUCAAUCCUGAACCGACCCAGCAAUCUUCUGUUCAGAUGGAUCACUCAUGGAGAGGAAAUACUUCUGCUUGUUACAACGGCAAUUUCAUACCCCCUCCUAUCAGCCGUAAAAGCCAACCAUACUCAGUUGCGGCAGACGGGAAACAGCUCCAACCCAAAUCAGUCAUUCAACAGAGUGACAUGAUGGUCGAUGCUCCCUCUAGCCAUGUUGUUUGUCAUAACUCCCAGGGCCAUUGGGAUUCCCUCUUAACUGGCGCACACUCUCCCCAAGCUGUUAGCCCCGUCAAGGUGGUCCAGGUAUCACUCAAGGAAAACGAAAUUGCCGCAGGCAAUUCAUACAAUAAUACCAUCCGGGCAGCCCUUACCCUAUCUCCUGCUGGAUCCUCGGAUAAACCGUGUCAAGGACGAGCCUUGCAGAUGCAUAAAGUCGGCCAGUGCAAAGACAGCGACGCAGGCAACGAGGGCCCAGGCAGCAAGGACAGUCUGGACAGGCCAGAAUCUCUACAUCAUAUAGAGAGCUCUUCUUCCCUUCUACAUAUUGAGGAUCCUGAGUUGGAAUACUAUGGCUUAGAUGAUUUCCGCCGAGGUCGCAAGCGCCGCAAGGUCUUAAAUUCCCCUUUAUGUGCGUUGCCGAGUGAGUUCCGAACGUCUAAACACGACAGUAGCAUCUUAGAAGCUGCAGAACUCUUGGUAAGCUUUAGCGCUCACCGGUAA